CUCGGCGGGCACGCCCCCUCGCCCGCGGCCCCCUCCCCGCCUCGAUCCGCUGCUCCUCUCGCUCCCCGGUCAGAGGGCCGGAGUGAGAAGAUGGCGAAGACAUACGAUUAUCUGUUCAAGCUGCUGCUGAUCGGCGACUCGGGGGUAGGCAAGACCUGCCUCCUGUUCCGCUUCUCCGAGGACGCCUUCAACACCACCUUCAUUUCCACCAUCGGAAUUGAUUUUAAAAUCAGAACGAUAGAACUAGAUGGAAAGAAAAUUAAGCUUCAGAUAUGGGACACAGCAGGUCAGGAAAGAUUUCGAACCAUCACGACAGCAUACUAUAGAGGAGCCAUGGGAAUUAUGCUGGUCUACGACAUCACAAAUGAAAAGUCCUUUGACAAUAUUAAAAAUUGGAUAAGAAACAUUGAAGAGCAUGCGUCUUCAGAUGUUGAAAGAAUGAUUCUGGGUAACAAAUGUGAUAUGAAUGACAAACGACAAGUGUCAAAAGAAAGAGGGGAGAAGUUAGCAAUUGACUAUGGGAUUAAAUUCUUGGAGACAAGUGCAAAAUCCAGUACAAAUGUAGAAGAGGCAUUUUUUACACUUGCACGAGAUAUAAUGACAAAGCUUAACAGAAAAAUGAAUGACAGCAAUUCAUCAGGGGCAGGUGGACCAGUGAAAAUAACAGAAAACCGAUCAAAGAAGACCAGUUUCUUCCGUUGUUCGCUACUUUGAUGAACUUUUUCUGAGAGACUGCAGCACACUUAGAGGACCCUUUCCUGCUUCUCUGAAAGCACAGGUCACCCAGCCUCAGAUUCACACCACCAGGCUGCUGCUGAGAGCACCACUGAACCUAGACCUCUUGACUCAGAAUGCCACGUGGAUUCCAGCCUCAUGGCCUGUCAAGAUAACAGGCUCCUUUUCUCAAACAUGGAAGCAAUGAAAUGGAGACACAUGCAAGACUUGUUUUUUCUUUGUUUAUUUUUUGCCUGUUGCAGAAGCUGCUAUCUUUCUUUUUCACUUUGCACAUCAGUGUUAGCCUUUCCCUGUUAUAGCACAAUCUGAGACUCAUAUUUGCACACUUUUGUCUCAUGGAGUUAGUUCUAGACAAAUUUGUGCUUAUGGGGAUGUUUAAAAAAGUAAAACAUUUAAAGCAGAGGUUAAUAGAUUAAAAUUAAAGGACAUUUGGUCUGUUUCAUAUGGCCAGAUGUUAUUGCUUUGACAGUAUUUAAGGGGUCUGAUUUGUGAUUUUCUUAAAUAAGAAUCAUUAAAUUUUGAUAACUUUAUCUUAAAAAUUCAUAAAAAUUUCCAUCUAUUCAUCAGAGGCCACAAUUUCUUUAUUUCUUCAGUUUAGAGCUUUGCUUCAUUCCUGACCUUUUUGCCAGAGCGUCUGAGUAGCUGAAUAAAUCACUCUCAUUUGACUCCCUCGGCCUAAUCUAUAGAAACUGCAUUUGGAAAUCACCUUAAUCUCACUUUUCCUGGGAUUUGUAGUUGCUAUUUUUUCCUGUGUGUGACCUAUUAUAAUCACUCAGUUACCUAAAGCAUAACAUUUGAGCAUUGUUGUCUGUUUCUAGUUGUAAACUUCUUCAGCUGAAAUUUUACAUAGGCAAGAGAGAUGUACCAUUUAGGGUUUUAUUUCAGCAUCUAAUUGUGGUUCUGUCACAUUAGCAUACAUAAUGUAUUUUCCCUUAGUUUCACUCCUUAGCCUGCUGGUUUAGUUGCAAUACCCUCUUCCGACCAUAAUCCCUGUCUGCAAGAGCUAACAAGAGUUAGACUUAGAUUUUAGUUCACAGAAAGUUUAACCUAUAGGGAGAAAAAUUAAUUUGUUAAUAUAAAUUUAGUAUAGAUAGCUCUUGGCGAUCGUGAAAAUAAUGAUUUUUGUUCUGUUUUUAUUUGGGCUUUUUAAAAAAAUAUAUAAUUAGACCUAGUGCAGCGUCUAGGAAAAGUCUUGCCUUUUCAUUAUAGAAAAUAUGAGCAAGGCUUCAGUUUCAAAAUAGCUGUUGUUGGAUGUGUUGAACCCAGUUCCAUCUGUUCAGGUUCAUUGUUAGAGAACUUGGUCUAGUCAUUUGGGCCAAAGCCAACCAAAAGCUUCGCUGCCUUUCUCACCAAACACUGGUACUGGCAUACCUUUUGUAAAUGAAACCAUCACAUGAAAAAAAGGGUAUUUAGUGUUAACUUAUGUGCCAAAUUCAGAUCGUUAUGUCAUUGCUGUUAUUCUAGCCUUCAGUGUCAUAACACAAAAGGGAGUGAUAUGGAGGUGAUUAGGGAAAUGAAUUCUGUUAAUAAUUAUUCUUCUUCUUAGGCCUGUUUUAUUUCACAGAGGUUACCAUCAUGCUUGAUAGUUAAAAAUGGGAAAUGAAAGUGGAAAUGGAUUGUUUGUUACCACAGAGAAUUCUGCUUCAAAUUAAGAUGUAUCAUUAGAAUGCUUGGACCAAUCAACCUUGACUACUUUUUGAAAACUUAUGCACAAUUUAGCUGCAGCCAAUAUACCAGAGCUUUUUUUGAUGGGUACACUAAACUUAUUAUUGACAAAUUUCGGCCGCCUUGAUUUUUGUGUGUGUGUGUGUGUGUGUGCUUACCUAUAGACUCAAAGGCACCUGUUGGUGUCCCAGUAUAAUCACGCGAUUCCUUGAUUGAAAGUUGGUUGUAAGUCUACUGUCUUAAAAUUAGGUACAUUUUUUGAAAGAAAAAAUAAUUUCUUAGAAAUAUCUUGUAUUCAUUAAUUUUCUGAAAAAAGAUCCAAGCAGUUAAGCUUCUGGAUGGUAACAAAAUAGUUUCUAAAAGGCAAGUGCUAUGACACCAUGUAUGAAUGUAAUUCUCUUAGUAAUUUACCUCUGACUAUUUGGUGUCUUAACACUUUGGUUUCUAUCUCAGGGGUUGUCUGCAAACCAAAACUGACAUAUUCUGUGAUUAGCUUUUUUUUUUUUUUUCUUUUUGCUUUUUUUAAUAGAAUGCUUUACUUUUGUUCUUUCUUCUUUUGUCUUAUAUGGAUUAAUAACUAGUCUCCAUGAACUUCCCUUUGAAAGAGACUGUCAAAGUUAGAUGAGUCUAAAAGUGCUCUUUGAAGUAGCAGCAAAUUGGGGAUAUAUGCUCUGUUAUAUAGAAAUAAAUCGUCCUUGCUAUUUUCUUACAUUUAGUCUUGCUAAAUUGUAUAUAAUUUGAGCUAAGACCAUAGGAAAUACACUUUCUGCAUGGUAAAAUGACUCAAUAAAUAUUCCACUUUGCUUAA